AUGGUCCACUAUUUUUACCAGUUGAAGCACUGUUUUUGAGUCUUCUCUAUCUUCAUAAGCAAUCUUUCUUAUCUGGGUAUUAUUGAUAAAGUUUCUCAUAAUUUGUUUACGCAACAAUCUAUUUUUUGAUUUGUGAAAUGAAAGAAAAAAAAGCUAUCACAAGGAAAUUGCUAUAGUUUUAAGGCUUAUUGCAACUUGGUGAAAAACUGGUUCAAGAUUAUAUUAUUUAUUAUGAUGUGGGAGGCAGCUGAAAAUUUUUGGAUUAGCCACCAUGACAUUUUCAAAAGAAUUGAAUUGUAA